UACUAUGUAUUCAUUCAUGUUUUGUUUCAAAUAAAGUAUCAAGUCUGACUAAAUUAAGGUAUAGCCAAGUUAAUAGCAGCCUUGUCUUUAUUCACCACACACCCACAUGAUACAAAAAUUAGGACACAAUACAUGAAAUUAAUAAAGUGCUAGUUCGGAAUAAAUAAUAUGACUGACUGGCUGAUUCUGUAACGUCCUAAUGGGUCACGGAACUAACACAUUUUUUCCUCUAUUCACUAUUGCAGAGAUCAUGUUACAUAGAUAGAACCCAAGGUUGAGGUACGCCAUGUGCGUUACAUACUAUAUUAUAACGUAAUGGUGACAAACCAAUAUAUCAGUAUAAUGUACACAAUUAUAAUAAAUUAAGCUCAAGCAUUAAGCAGUACAAACAGACAAGCAACCCAAAACAAGGAUUGCCACCACCUUCAAGUACGUACAUAGACUACCAGAGAGAGAUAGGCCGUUCCAAGUUCCAACCAACAAAGACAUGACCUACUACGUUAUUAUUCUAUUUGGCAACUACUGAUUACAGGACUAUUAUCUCACAAACUAAUUGUAGACUCUAAACUCCGAUAACUGUUCUGUAAAGUAUCCUUUCCAUAAAAAAAGGUUAUAAAUAUAGUGUUACUGUCUGUGGUAGGCUGUGGACGCAUGUAUUUUAUUCAGCGACAAAGGCACAUUUUCAUGUUCAAUAGGUGUGAAAUACGAAAUAUGUUAAUUUUCACUACCGAACAACGAUAACAAUUACGAAAUACGACAACAAUUUAUAUAUUAUGUAGAUUACUUUGCAACAAUGUCAUUUGUAAAUUUGUCAAGUUGUCAUUCAUGAUUGAUUUUAAUCGUCAACUAAUAGUGUAAACUGUAAAAUCCUAAUACUUGUCAGAAAGAUACUAAGAACAGCUGAUUGAUUGUUAUUGCCCACAAUUUAUGGGUGUUUCUAAAUUAUGAUUAACUUAUUAUAGUAAGAAUUGUAUACAUAUAAUUCGAAAAAGUUGACACUAUUUAUCUGAUAAUGACGACUGAGGCAGCUGAAAACGUAACAAAAACAUUUAAAUUCUCAUUUCCUACAUGCACGAAUGAAGAGGUUCUUUUUAAAUUGGAAGUGCCUGUGGAUAUUCCAUACGAAGGAUCCUCACGUGAGCUGGUCCAACGAGUGUUAAAAAUGUUUCAUAUUCCUGUAUAUUUGGAAGACGAGUUAAAUGAAAAGUUAGCAGAAUUUAUUGCUGAAGAAACUAAAAACUAUCACAAUGAAAGAGAUGAAAAAUUACUAAACCAACUGAAAAAUGGAGAGCUAAAUAUUGAGGGAAUUAUCAAAGGGUGGGAGAAAAAUUUCAAAGAGAAUGUAUUAGAAUUUGCUGAACAGAAGGGCUCUUCCGAUGAAGAAGUAUUUGCAACAGCCUAUCACAAAUUAGUCCAUUCUCCAGCAUUAGAAACAAUAUUGCAAGUGGAAAGUUCCUAUGCUAAGACAGUUAUGAAUAUGAUUCAAAACCGUGAUAAGGAUAUCAAAAAGCUUACUGAAAGGCAAACACAAGAAAUGGAAGAUAAAAUCAGACUACUCAAUAUCUCAACAACAGAAGAGGAAAUUAAUGCUUUAGCUGGAAAGCAUUUUGAAGAGCAAAGCGUAGCAGCUGGCCAUUGGGAGUCCCAACUGGAUGCUUUAAGACAUGCUCAGAGAGCAGCUCAUAGAGCUUGGCUGAUGACUGCUUUAGAUGACUAUCAGCUUAAUGAAAAUGCUACACCCAGUAACUCUCCGCUAUGCACUUUCCCACCAGAUUUACCCGGGCCCAUUCAACCUGCUCCACCAAGGCUAGAAGAGAGUUUCACUAUACAUUUAGGAUCACAGCUUAAACAAACACACAAUAUACGCCUAGUUGCGGUUGAUAUUUUGGAUCUGUGUUCUGUGAAUCGAGGAGAUAGCGGUACAUGGAACCGCGCUCAACCAGCUCUAGGUUUAUACUCAAACGACCUAUCAGCUGUAGUACUAUUGGCCGAGCACGAGCCGUCACGUUCACCUCUCGUUUCCCUCGCGAGGCAAGCCACGGAACAUCACUUCGAUGACGUUGAGAUACAAUUACGAGAUAUCGCUGAAAAAGUUAAAGAACCGGCAGAAAAGCGUAAUUUAGAACGAGUAACAGGUGACGGGCGAGGGCGUAGUGCCCGGGUCAAACGCUCGCUGCAGCCCGGGGACGUUUAUCUAAGCAGACACAGUAAUUUGGCAGAUGCUCAUUUGGUCUAUCAUCUCGUUAUAGAUGAUGAGCAGAUGAAAGCUGGUGAUAUGACGUCUCGUCACCCAGCAAUUCUCGCGUUGCGCAAUAUCUUGAAGUCGGCUUCAUGUAAUGACGUCACUUCUAUUGCAUUGCCAUUGCUUCUUAGACAUGACAUAACUGAGGAAAUGACAAUGUCGUGGUGCAUCAGACGAGCAGAAUUAGUGCUCAAAUGUGUAAAGGGCUUUAUGUUAGAGGGAAGUGGAGGGGGCGGGGCAGAACUCCGGACUCUCACCGUGGCGUUGCCUUCUACCACAAACCAGACGUUAUUUAGUGCUCUUGCAGAUUUAUUGACUAAUAUAUUUAGAUUGGCCGGACCUGUGCGGCAAAAUAAAUUAGAAUAGAAUAGGUGAUCUGAUUCAAUUAGUUAAGUUAACACUUUCUAACAAAAACCCAAAAAAUAGUUUCACCUAACGAAAAUUCGAGAAGUUUGUUCGAUACGUAUAGUCUAGUUAUAGACAAAAUCUUAUUUCAAAAUUAAAUAAAGCAAUAAAUCUAAAUUGAUUUGAACUUCUUAACAUACUUUCUCUCAUUUUUAAAAGGAUUGAAUGCAGAUUUGCUUCUGAUUAAAUUUAAAUUGUUAUUAAUUCAUGGUUAUUAGACUAUUAUAUAUACUAAUAUUAAUGCAUUCUGUUUUUCUCUUUUACGUUACCGACAAUGUAAAUAAAAAUAAGAAUACAUAUAUGAUUUUUCAAUCAACUGAAAAAAAAUCCUAUACUACGUAGAUUA